AGGAAGCCUCGGCGCUAAUAAAUUAUUAAUCAUCUUUCAGUUUCAUCUUUUGUUGGUCUAACGUGAGCUCAGCCCGCUACUGAAAGUCUUUCGUGGACGUGUCUGCCAGAGCUACUAUCCGCCAUAUCUACUGCACUGGGACGCUCAUUGUAGGUAACCAGUAUGAGUCAGAAGAUGAUGAUUAUUGACACUGACUGCGGCAUAGACGAUGCCCUGGCUAUAAUGUUGGCCCUGUCCUCAUCCAAUGUGAAGAUCCUGGGCAUCAACUGUUGCUUUGGAAACACUGAUGUGGACAAUGUGUGUAAGAAUGUGCUGCGUGUACUGUCCGUGUGUCAGCGUACUGAGAUUCCUGUCUUUCGAGGAGCAGCCAGCUGUUUGGUUGGAACAUCGAAACAAUCAAAAAUUCAUUUCGGGACAGAUGGAUUGGGAGAUGUUCUGCAGGACAAAGACCCUGACGAGUGGAAAACUAAAAUACAGAAAGAGCAUGCGGUUAAUUCUUUGAUCAGACUGGUGAAUGAGAAUCCAGGGCAGGUUUCUCUUGUUGCACUGGGUCCACUGACGAAUCUAGCUCUGGCUGUUAGAAUGGACCCCAGCAUUUCCAACAAGCUGGAGGGUUUGUAUAUCAUGGGAGGCAACCAGGAAGGUAAGGGAAAUAUGACGCCAUGUGCAGAGUUCAAUUUCUUAAUGGAUCCCGAGUCUGCCUAUGUAGUCUUGGAGGAAUAUGUAUGUCCCACACACAUAGCCACCUGGGAGUUUGCCUGCAGAAACAAGCUCUCUUGGGAGUUCUUUGACGAGAUGGUGAACCAGGACACUGCAGCUGCUCGAUUUAUGAAAACAAUCACCUCCAAAUGUCCGGCUUACUCUCGGGAGCCUGGUAAUAAACCAGGAGAUAUACUUUUUGGUUCAGGGUUCGUGUCCUACGAUGCCUAUGCUAUGGCAGCAUGCGUGGAUGGCAGCGUGAUCACAGAAAGUGUAGAGUAUGCUGUUUGUGUGGAGAUCCAGGGAGAGCUCAGCAGAGGCAUGAUGGUACUGGAUGUCACAGGCCAGCUGAAGAGUAAUCGUGUGUUUUUGAUGAAGUCCUGCGACCUCACCAAGUUCAGUUCCUUGCUCAUGAAUUCCUUAAAGCAGCCAUGAAGAGUGAUUGCAGAGUGAUAGCACAGUUUAUGUUAUUCUGUAUUUUUAAUUAGAUGAUUAUCUUAAAUUCUGAAGUAGACUUAACUUUUUAGGACAGCAGACAAAUCCAUUUAUGCUUGUGUAUUGUUAUGCCAAUAUGUUAUACAUUUCAGCUAACAAAUUUUAAAAUAUCUGAAUGGAAUUCUUAAAUAUUACACAUUGCCCCAAACAGAUUUUUCUCUGUAAAUGAAAGAGUUUAAAGGCCAAUAGCAGGGGAAGUCUCUCUAGCACCUCUGGUGCUUUUAAUGGUAAACAGCUUUGAUCGUAGAAUUUGAAGGAAAUACAUUGUGGAUUUACCAAUGCACUUCAACUGAUAUGAUUUAAUUUAUUGUAUCUCAUAAUUAUCCUGGUUUAAAGAUUUCUCAUCAGAUUGUCUUAUUCUUUAGCCCAUAAACAUUACAAUUGUUUGUUUUUUUUCCAGUCUAAUUUUCAAUAUAUGUUAAGCCAUUGUUUAAGUUAUGCUAAUAAAACUAAGAAGUUCAAGUGUUUUUUUAAAA